UCCUUGCUCGUCCUCCUGCUGUGCUCCACCUUCACAGGCGUGGUGGCCGAGCGGAAACUGAAGCGCGGCCGCCGGGGACAGAGCCAGCAUGGUGCCAAGCACAGAGGCUCCCAACACUGGCCGCUGACAGACGAGCAGAGGUCGGACCAGAACCUGCAGUUCAUGCUGAGCCUGUACCGGAGCGCGGCCGAACCGGACGGCAGGCCCAGGCAGCACCGGAAGUUCGGCUCCAACACGGUGCGGCUGCUGAGACCGUCGGCGUCCACGUCGCGUUAUCUGCCGGCGUCCGGAGACCAUCACUACACGUUCAUGGUGGAGUACGACCUUGAUAGUUUCCCUUUGGCGCAAUUAGUCAGAGCAUCAUUCAUCCACCUCCGCUCCUCAUUGCCUUCAACCACCGCCCAGCCCUUUCGCCCACCUCAGUGCAGGUCCCAAAUCGCCUCGCUAGCCAAGGGCAGCCAUGGCGGACUCCUGCCUGGGGACCUGGUCACCCUAGAGCCCCAUGACGACUGGACCGAGACGGACAUCACAGCCCACGUUAGCGGGCACAUCCUCCAGGGGAGAAGCCAGGGAGCGGAGGGCCCCCUGACCCUCACCGCUGAGUAUUGGUGCACUGAACCAGGGUAUGUCGAGGAGGACGGCGAUCCCUCCUGGUGGAUGCCUUGGGGCAGAUACCUGAAUCAGUUAAGAGUAGGGAAGAGAAAAAGUCAUAAAGGGGAUACCAUGGUGCCUCACAUGGAAGUCCCCUCUCUCCUCUUGUACCUGGAGGAGGAGCGGGAGGUUGAGAAUUGGAUAGGGGAUCUGCUGGGGUCGGAGGGGGCGAGUGAGGUGAAGCUAAGUGAGCCCCUGCACCCCACUCUACCACGACGCCAUCGCCGCUCCAAGGAUGACUUGUCUUCGUCGAAGCCCAAAGAUCCCUUCUUGGACACUCUCCGAGAAGCCCCCACCUCUUCCUCUUCUUCUGUGUCCUCCUCUUUGCCUCCCACCUCCCCCACCCCCUCAGUCUUUUCCGACCUUCCCAACUACAGCCUCAAAACAAGUACACCUAGGAACCGCUGCAAGCUCCACUCCUUUCGACUGUCCUUCGACGAGCUUGGCUGGGGGCAAUACUUCAUCGCUCCCCCCGUGUACAACCCUCGCUUCUGCCAGGGUGACUGCCCCAGGGUCCUCCACUAUGGCUACCACUCCCCCAACCAUGCCAUCAUCCAGACAGUUAUCAACGACAUGGGUGUGGGUGAGGUGCCGCCACCCUCCUGUGUGCCGUACAAGUACAUUCCCAUGAGCGUUUUGGUGGUGCACAAGAAAAGGGUGGAGUACAGAGAACUGGAGGACAUGGUGGCAGAGUCCUGUACAUGUCGGUAG